CUUUUAAAUACAUUGCAAACAAUUCAUACAAUCAGUGGUGAUGUCUGGCCAGAAGUUUGAGCGAAAAUGUUUGGUUUGUGGCGAUAAAGCUCUCGGCAAGAAUUUUGAUGCCCUGUCGUGCGAGUCGUGUAAAGCAUUUUUUAGACGUACGGCACUGAAAGAGACGGAGUUUAAGUGCGAAUUCAAUGACAACUGCGAUAUCGAUGCCUACACCAGAAGAUUCUGCAUUAAGUGUCGGCUCCAGAAAUGCCUCGACAUCGGUAUGAAAAAAGAAAUGAUUCUCACGAGUGAAGCAAAA